AUGUCGAAUAAACCAACUGGAUUCGCGAAUUAAUUUUUCACAAAAUUGUUUUGUUAUUUAUUUUUUAAAACCUUUUGCAAAUUCCUUUAAAUUAAAUUGAAACUAAAUUAAAUAAAUGAACAAAUGAUGUGUUGAAAUAUUCCUUUUCUUUUGGAACACACUUUAUGUGUUCCUAAUCGAUGGAAUGUUGUUAUAUUUGAGUUUAAGUUUUAAGUGAAACAAAAAGAAAAGAAAGAAAAAGAAUCCAAAAGUGUGUGAAAUUGAAAUCAGUUCUAAUUUAUUUAAUAAAUGAAAUAGAAUUUAAAUAAUUUGUGAAACAAAAAUGGAGUCGAAUAGUAAAUCGAAUCCAAGUGAAACUCCAAAACAAAACAAAAAGAAUCCAUCGCCGCAAAAAAAGAAGAAAAAGAAGAGUCCAUCAAAAGCAUCACAAACGAAACCAUCAUCAUCGACACCUUCGUCGUCGUCGUCCAGCAAAAAUACAUCCAAUUCCAAUCAAUCAGCAGGUCGACAUUCUGACCACAAUGACAGGCGAGACCGAUAUCAUUAUCAUCGACAUUCAAAUUCCAGAGAUCAGCGUGAAAGGACUCAUUACAAUUCAAACCACGACUCUGAACGAAACUUCAAUAAAAAACCCUAUCAAAACAACUGGAAGUCUUCGGGAAAAAAUUCCUACAAUAAUCGCAAUUGGAAACGUCCCUAUUCAAAACAUACAAAUAAAAAAUUUCAAAACUAUAACAAUAAUUUCCGAAGAGAAGAAGAAGAUUACUAUCAUAACAACAGAAACUUUCAAAAUGACGGACCAUUUGAUGAAAUCACAUUUGAUAAUUCAGAGAAUCAACAAUUCUGGCAUGAAGACAGCAUUUCUGGGCAACUUCCUGUGCCAGCGGCAUUUGAAUCUGUUAUUAAAUGUGCUGAAGAACUUUUAAAACGUGGCUUCUGUGAUCCAGGAGGUGGAGUGCAAAUAACUGAUAAUUAUAAUAAAGAGGAGGUUAUUGCAACUGAAUCCUUAGUAAAUGUUUUAGAAAAAUCCAAUCCUAAUGAAACUGAAGCAAUCGCACCUAAUAAAAGUCAAGAACUAUCACCUGAAAAGUUUGAACAAAUUGAUGAUAUCGAUCGUACCCAUCAGCAACACAUAUAUGACAGCUUGAAACAAGGUUUCUUAAUAAGUCAAAACGAAGAAGUGCCAACUGAUCUUCUGCCAGUAUUUUCAACAAACGAAAGCCAAGGCUAUGAUGCUUGCGAACAAUUUGAACAAUUCUCAACAAAUCCGGAACCAAACACAUAUAAUGAUCUUUUUACCAAUAUUAAAACCGAACGUCCAGAAGAAGAAUUCAAUCUGGAAGAGUGUAUAAACAGUAAUAAUAGUUUCCCUUCAAUAUCGGUCAUUCCGAUUUCCCGACUUAUCAAAAGCGAAAUUCAAGAUAUAAACAGAGCUGAUUUAAUUGCUCCAACUACUCCAAACAAGGAGAAGCGGUCUCAAAAGCCAAAUUUAGUUCAACGCAAGAAGAGCAUCACCAAAGACGGGAGUCUAACUGAGAAUAUAGUACAGCGUGUGGCCAAUAUGGACAAAGUAGGCAUAAAAAAUGUCAUUAAUAGUUCAGGAACAAAAUACGAUGCAGCCCUAAAAAUACAAGCACGCAAAAGGCUGCGCGAAGAAAUCCGGAAACAACUUAAGUCCAUGAACUUUAAUCCUCCGGGAGAUAAUGAAAACAACGUUCUUAUUCCAGAUGAAAUUGUUGACUCGAUGAGCAUUCCUGCGGUAGUAUUGGAUGAAAUAAGAAAGGCUUUUGGUAUAGUUUUGGUUGAGGAUAAAAACUCAAAGACAGCUGUCAGAGACGCUGAUAAAACUGAAAAACCUGAUAGCGCUGAGAAGUCGUCGGUUGGCCCACCUCCUGCAAUUUCGACUGCAGAACCUGCCAUUCAACCAACCGAAGUAGCACCAAAAUCUCCAGACCUUAGAAGUCGAAUCAAAAUGUUGGAAGACUGCAAAUCUCAAACGGAAAAAUCACCUCCAAUAAAAGUGGAGCAACCCCGACGAAGCAGAUCCACACAACCCAUACUUAUAAUUGAUUCCUCAUCGUCAAGUUCGUCCGAAUCAAGUUCAAGCAGUGAUUCAGAUAGCAGUUCAACAUCGAGUGGAAGCAAUUGCAGUAAUUCUUCUUCCUUCAAACGCCGCCGUCGAAAGAAACGAAUACUUGAAGCAAAUGUGGUGGGAAAUUUCGAAAAGCUCAUCCUGCCAAACCUCACCUUAGCUCAACGCCGUCGAUACAAAGAGAAAUACUCGAAGACAACGAAAAACUCCCUUUUAUAUAUCUAUGGGGUAUGUGUGAGUCGAGCGAACCGAAACAACACCUCCUCUGCGGAGGAAAAAGAACAACUCAAAGUGAAGCAGAACCUUAGCUCAGCUGACAAUGCUCAAGCCUUAGAAUUUCUCAUGAAAGCCAUACUUAAUCUAUUUGAAAAACAAAAGGAAACUCUCAAGAAGAGCAAGGCGAAAAAUCCACAAAUAAAAAGUUCCAAUCCUAUUAGUACUACAUCAAAAAAAUUAAAAGAUACCACAUGUAACGAGGGGAACUCUGACGAUGACAAAGAGUCCACAAGGAGGCGGAGCGAAAGUGCCAACUCAGGAGAAUUUCCAAAACAUCAAAGUACUGCUUCACACAAAUUGGAUAAGACAUCAACAAAGGGUCGUGUUAAUGAUAAGCAAAAAGAUUCUAUCGCUGAAAGUGCGAAUUCAGCAUCAAGGGUGUCGUCUGAUGAUGGGGCACCUGUUACACCAGAUUUGGAAUCAGACACAGAAUCAACGAGUGAUAAAAACCCACCCUUAAGACAAUGGAAAUCGCCAGGAGAAAAAAAGUGCGUUGAAGUCGCUGAAUCAACUUCACUCCUCGGUAAUCUUGGAACUUUCAAGCCACCCUUAGAAAUUGACUCAGCUCUGAGUAACCUUGGGAUGAUGCAAUCUCCACUAGCUAAUUACUCCUUUGAUAUUGAAUCCUUGAAAUCGCAAAGUUCAAUUGGUGACGAAGCUGUAAGUAGUAUUCGUGAAAUUGAUGUUAAGCUAAUGGAACUGCACAAACGAAAGAUGUACAUCGAAGAAAUGAUUCUUAAAUUGCAAAAAGACAAAAUGGAGGUUGACUUGUGGACAAUGAAAUUGCAAAAUGAAAAGUUUAUACUUCUUAAUUCGGCCCUAGCGAGUGUCUCGAGUAAUGCAGCUUCAUCGAACUCAUCUUGUGUCAAGAGAAAAGUACUGCCGAUAUCAAUAGCGGAAAAACUUCAAAAUCGAAAUAAACACAAUUUGGUAGAAACCAUAAACAAUAUUGUAAAACAAAAACGAACAAAGCGAAUAUCGAACAGUUCCAUGGACGAGGAAAAAUCUGAAGACAAUCCGGCACCAAAGAGAACUAGAAGUUCUAAAAAUACAACCUCAGUUUCAGAUGGUUUAGCUGGAAUUUCGUCAAAGAAAGUAUAUAGUUCAGAGCCAACAGAAGAAGCAGUAGCUGUAGAUACAUUUAAAAAAGUUGAAGAGAAAGAUGAGGAUUUAAAGACUGUAGAAAUGCCGAAGGUCGAUUAUACAAAUGUACCGAAUGGAAAUCUAGAAGGAUGGAAACUGCCAAUCACACAAAUAAUAGUUGUCGGCGAGGCAAUAGUUGCAGCUUCGGAAGAUGGAAAUAUCUAUAAGUUUAAUAUUAGAACAAGAGAGCUGGAGUCAAAGUUUUCCAAGCACACAGAGGCCAUAACACAAAUUUAUACCUGCCCAAGGGAGAAUUUUGUGUAUACAACAUCACUGGAUGGAUAUUUGAAGAAAACUUCAAUUGAAAACUUUGGCUUAGAACUUCAAUCGGUUAAUAUUCAAGAACCUUUGCAAUCUAUCGAUAUUGAAUGGUGUACAGCAUUUAUUGGCAGUCGAUGGGGAAAUAUCUUUACAUACGAUAUAAAGAAUAACAGUUUAUCUGAAUCUCUUCUUUGUUCGUCUGGAAGUUCUAUAAUUGCAAUAAGAGCCACAAAGGAGGGUCCUCGAAAAAUACUCAUUGUAUCUUCCAAAGGAAAUCAAAUCAAUUUUCGAGAUGCCAUGACUGGUCUUUUGCUAAGAUCUUUAGAUAUCUCCGAUAGCUUACACAUCUAUAGUAUUCUUCUAGACGAUGGUUGCGUCUACUGUGGAACUCAACGCAAUGAAAUUCAUCAAUAUAAUUUUACUACUGGAGGUCGUUUGGCAAUAUUUCGUUGUGGAAAUGGAGCAGUCUCUAUGAAAUUGUACAAAGAUAGAUACAUUUUUGUUGGCUGCUAUGACGGAUUUGUUUAUGUUUUGGAUAAGAAAACAGGAUGUCAAAUAGGACGGUUUCCAGGAUCUGGAAAAAUGAUAUUGGCAUUGGAGAUCGCAGGCGAUAAACUGAUAACAUCGGCCAAGGACAAUACAAUGCAAAUUAUUGACAUACCCAAGUAUAUUGCCACUAUUAAGGAUAAAAGUUAAAAACAGAAUUUAUUCAUAAGCCUUACAACUUUAACGCAACAUUGUUUAUUUUUAUAUUAUAUAUAAUAUGAAAACUUUUUUAUUUUUUAAAAAUGAAAUUACUUUUAAUUUCGAUAAGUUUAAAUUUUUGGUUCAUACUUUUACGCAAAGAAAAAAGUUUUAAUAAAUUAAAUUAUAUAAAA